GUACUUCCGUGAAGGAACCACUGCAUCGGCGAUGGACGACAAAGCUGUGAAAGCGAUUUUAUUUGACCUGGACAACACGCUCAUUGAGACGGGUCGAGCUGGUGAAGUGGCGAUUAUAAAGACCGGUGAGUUUUUGAAGACCGCUCUGGGGAUCGAGGACAACGCCGUCGCCAGCAUCUGUGACAAGUUCAAGCUGAAACUUUACCAGGAGAGUUUUGACCCCUCGGCCGGCAGAUCCAUAGAAGAUGUGCGUGUGGGUCACUGGGAGGAAAGCAUCAGAGAGACUCUGGGCAGCUGCUCGUCACCGUCUCUCGCCUCCCAGUGCUACCGCCUGUGGAAAGACAGUCGGCUGGAGCUCCUCCGCCUCUCCCCCGAAGUUUGCGCGCUGCUCAGACAGCUGCGCGGCAGAUACAAGCUGCUGCUGCUGACCAAUGGGGUGGCUAAGACGCAGAGAGAGAAGGUGGAGGCCUCCGCAUGCGAGGAGUUCUUUGACGCCAUCGUGGUCGGCGGGGAGCACGCAGAGCAGAAACCCUUCCUCUCCAUCUUCACCCUGUGCUUCGACAUGUUGCAGGUGGAGGCCCGGGACUGUGUGAUGGUGGGAGACUCUCUGGACACGGAUAUUCAGGGGGGCUUCAACGCCGGAGUGCGGGCCACAGUUUGGAUUAACAGCGCAGGAGGAGCUGCUGUGGACGGUUCAGUGAAGCCAGAUUAUAUGAUACCCACUGUGCUGGACCUGCCAGACAUCCUGGACCGACUGCACUGAGCGACGGCCAUGCGGCAGACUUCUCAAUGAAGAAUGAAAAUAUCGGGAUCACUUUUACACAUUUUAACAAGAUUACUUGAUGAUUUUAGGAAUGACGAGGGGAACUUUUCUUUGUUGGUCAGGUGUUCCAUCUUAUUUAUCAAUUUUAUUGUUAAAUCAAUUUACGGUGCUAAAUUGUAGGAGUUUUUAAGGAACAAUGAAAUUAAGUGGGAGUUUUUCCCAUUGAUCAAAUAGAAUUAAAAAGAAAUCAUGAUUUUUUUUUGGGUCAUUAUUUGUAAAGAUCCUUUUUUUUUUACUUUAUAAUAUUUUUACAUAAUGACCAUUUUGUCUGUUUGUAUGGGCAGCUGUGACUCGGGGUUGGUCGUGCUUUCCUGUGUCCUUGAGUAAAACGCUGGUUGCAGUUUGUUAGAGAAUGUGAUAAACAGAGUUACUUCAGGACACAUAAAGCAGUGUAAAUGUACUUUGUAAACACAAGUGAAGUCUAAAGUAUUAAAAUAUUAGUACUUUCCUGAAACCAAUUACAACUGAAGAUGACGACAAUCUCAACAUAAAGUCAAUUUUAAUAAAACCUUUGGUUGC